UCGGGCGCGCGCCUGGGCGGUAGAGGGCGGAGCGCCUCACAGCCACCGGCUCGCACGCACUGGGCUCUCGGCUUCGAGCCCUCCCGCUCGUCUGUCGCGCCGGGCACCCGGCCCCACUCCGCCCCGGCGACCGGGCAAGCAGCCUCCGGGGGAGGACGUGGAGGAGCCAUGGGCCGCUGGCCCCGGAGGGCGGCGGCGCUGCUGCUCGGGCUGCUGGUGAAGUGCUCAGAAGCCAAAAAACAUUGCUGGUAUUUUGAAGGACUCUACCCAACAUAUUAUAUAUGCCGCUCCUAUGAAGAUUGCUGUGGCUCCAGGUGCUGUGUGCGCGCCCUCUCCAUACAGAGACUGUGGUAUUUUUGGUUCCUCCUGAUGAUGGGUGUGCUCUUCUGCUGUGGCGCUGGCUUCUUCAUCCGCAGGCGCAUGUAUCCACCACCACUGAUCGAAGAGCCUGCAUUCAAUGUGUCCUACACCCGGCAACCCCCAAACCCCACUCCAGGAGCCCAGCAGCCGGGGCCACCAUAUUAUACCGACCCUGGAGGAUUGGGAGUGAAUCCAGUGGGGAAUACCAUGGCAAUGGCUUUCCAAGUCCAACCUAAUUCACCCCAGGGAGCCAUGACCUACCCACCUCCUCCUUCCUACUGCAACACUCCCCCACCCCCAUAUGAACAGGUGGUGAAGGACAAGUAGUGACACAUGGUGGGGGAAGGUAGAAAGACCGGAUGGGCCUCUCAAGGCCCUCCACAUCCCCAUGGACAUUGGCUUCCAGGAAUGGCCCAAGGGCAAACUCCUUUGAUAUCUUCAAAGCAAGUACAGCUCCCUUUCAAGUUUUCCAUGGAGGACAAUAUUUGAACUCACAGGGGCUCCUCUGUUGCUUUUGUUUCUGAUAUAGUUUGGUGGAAUGUGGCAACAGUCCCCAAGGGUUGGCAUUCUUAGGGUGACACAACCAUAUCCUCAUGAGAGAGGCUAAGAGGAGAGGAGAGCAGAGCCUGAACGUGAGGAAGAAUGGAUGGAGGGUGGCUAACUGAGCUGAGUCCAGUAGACAGCACAGCCUGUGAAGAAGCAGCUGGGCAGAGAGGAGCCCACAGGGUGCCUGUCAACUGACCCAACCCAUUCUUCCAGAAGCUUUUAGAGAUGUGCAGAGGGGAAUGAGUCUCCUUUCUGUGUCACUCACAUCCUAAAGAUAAAACAAACCCUUUAACAGGCUUCAAUCUCCACUCCCAUCCCCAAAGUAGGCUUCCCUCUGCAUAGACUUACAAAAGCUCAGUGUGUACCACAUCUGCUGCCAGAUGAAGAUCAGAAUCAGGACCAAGUGGACAUCUGCAGUUAUUGGAAGAUCACUAAGGAAAGUCAUUGAAAUGCAUGGGAAAUCACUCCUGGCCCAAACCGACACUAUUUGAUGAGCUCUUGUUCUGAUUUGGAGAAGAAAAAAAAAAAGUCCUCCCCUUUUAGUGCAUUUCUGGAAAUGUAUGUGUCCUGUCCUUUGAGAUCAGAGGUUCUCCAUGGAUUUCACUGCCUAAAGGCUUCUACUGUUUUCUCUGAAGCUCUGAUAAUGUGUUUGAUAGAUACUUUCAGAGCAGAAGGAUAUAUUUCCAUCAGUCCUUUAGAAAGAGAGAAUGAGGCCAAGAUGGCCCAGUAGGGCACCACAGCCUUGCCAAACCAGAACCGGUAGUGAUGUUUUUAGUCCCAGUAAGAGUCUGCUGGGCUUUGAAGAGAAGGAGCCUGCUUAGAGAAAGAAGGAAACUGACCAUUUGAUCUAAAGUAGAAUCCAGAUGUAGUUGGAGAUAUAAAUCCUUGGAGUAAGAAUCAUAGCUCACCCCAUAGACUUACAAGUAAUCAAGAAGAGUUGUUGACAAUUAGUGGGGAGUUCUAUUGCUCUGUGUAGUUAGUUGCAUUGAUGUGUAUUUAAACCCAGAAUGAGACCUGAUCAUGUUGUGUGUAUGAGGAGCAAAGCAGCAUAGCCAAGAUGCCUAGAUUGCAUGUAGUAUUGUCAGGAGCAGAACUAUAAGUAGAGAUGGUUCUUUUUUCUUUUUCUUUUUUUCUCUCAAGGUUAGAGCUCUGCCACUUGAGCCAUACCUUCCCUUUGGCUUUUUGGUAGUUCACUGGAAAUAAGAGUCUCAUGGACUUUCCUGCACA